AUGUUUAGAAAGAAUGCUAGACUGAUCCCCACAACUGAAAAAGGUGGUCUCGCGACUCCUUUGUGGCCAGAUAGCGAAUUCAAAUCACUGUUAGGAGUGCAAAGGAACCUAAUAGUCACUGAGAAAGUUAGACAAGAACUAACUCAGAAAUAUGAGAUCCAUCCUGACAAGACUUGGUCUGUAGAUGAGUGUAAAAAGGUACUAGGAGCAUGUAUUCGCAAGAACAAUGUGAAAGGCAUUAUCUGCUGCCACAGAGAAUUUGGUUUAGCGCUAGCUAUACAACAGUCUCAGCAUAACUUAAAGCUAGAGGAACAGAACAAAGAGCUCCGUGCUAGAGUAUCCUCUUUGACUAAGAAAUUGAACCGCAACAAAGCUGCAGCAAAAACUGAUGUGGAAGAAGUUAGUCAGCCUGAUAACAAUUAUCCUGACUUACAAGCUUUCUUUGAAACAGAUGUAGCCAUCCAAUCAGUAACUGAUGUGCCUGUAGAUUCAGUGAAGGUAUGUGGCGCUAGGAGAAGAUCUCAGGGAAUUGAGGGAAUUGAAAGUGUUCCUCCCAACUCUUCUGUUGUCCAAGUACAAACUGUUGCCAAAGCACUAGGACCAAAAGAUAUAGAGAGACUAUCCCAGAGCUUACCCUCAGCACGCACAAAUUUUUCUGAAUUUAGAAGAGCAUUGAUCAGCAAAAUGCGUCUCUACGACAUGUCGUUAGCAGAAGUCACACAGCUGAUGUCACAAAUUCUAACUGAAUCUGAAUUCAACAGUUUUGAGUCUGCUGUUACUUCUGAACUACAACAUGCCAGUAAAGGCGAUUUGAGAGAAGGUGUUUUGAAUAUUCUAAAGAAAUCAUGGGACCCAAAAUAG